AUGAAUACAGAUAUAUCAGUGAGCACUGCCAUAUUAUAUGGCAAGGUAAAGAAAAGAAGGGCAGAACUGGCUCUUCCUGCAGAUGAAAGUGUGGAUGAGAUAGGAUUUAGUGACCAUGAGGAUGAUGUGGAUUGGACAGUAGAUGUGAGCAGUGAUGGAGACAGUUCAGCAGAUGAAGAGCUGCAGUUUGAAACUGAAGAGGGAAUUGUGCCAGCAAUAGAAGAGAGAGAUCAAGAAGAGGUUAGAGCUGCCUGGUGCCCACCAUUCCAAAAGACAAAGAACCUGAAAUGGAGGAAAAAGAGGAGCACUGCUGCCGUUCCAGGAUGGAAGGGCAGCCUCCCUCAUGCUGACCAUGUUAAGGAGCCCAUUGAAUACUUCAGGGGUCUUCUGAGCAGAAACAUAAUUGAAAAGAUGGUGUUCCAGAGCAAUCUCUACUCCAUCCAGUGUGACCCAACCACGCCCUUGAAUGUUACUUUUGAGGAGAUAGAGCAGUUCAUAGGGAUAUGCCUUCACAUGUCUGUACAUGGCCUGCCACAUACCCGAAUGUUUUGGGGCACAAAGACAAGAGUGGAUUGUGUGGCUGACACAAUGUCAAUGAAAAGAUGGGAGGCUAUCAAACGCUUUCUACACUUUGCCAACAAUGACGAACAGGUGCCUGCUGGACAGCCUGGCUAUGACAAGCUGUUCAAAGUGAGACCACUCCUAACAGCUUUACAGGAGAGUUUUAAUCACAUCCCAAUGGAUGAGCACCUAUGUGUUGAUGAGCAGAUUGUACCAUUCAAAGAUAAAAGCCAGCUGAAGCAGUACAUUCCAAUGAAGCCGAAGCGUUGGGGCUACAAGAUCUUCGUGCUGUGUGAUCGGAAUGGCAUCGCCUACAAUUUUUAUUUCUACACUGGUCCAAUCACUUCAGUGGAGGGUUUUCCAGACCUGGGUGCCAGCGGAAAUAUUGUUUUGAAGUUGGCCUCGAUUGUGCCGAUGUAUAUAUCCUACAAAAUGUUUUAUGACAACUGGUUUUGUGGUGUUGAUCUUCAGUUGCAGCUUGAGAAAGUAGGGAUCCACAGUGUGGGAACUGUAAGACAAAAUCAUCUGGCUGGAUGCACCUUCACAGAGGACAAGUUUAUGAAGACCUACAGACGUGGAACAUAUGAAGAAAAAGAGACAACACAUGACGGUACAGCACUAACAGCAGUGAAAUGGUUCGACAACUGCCCAGUUACCCUCCUAAGUACAUUUGCAGCAGCCACUCCAACCUCAAAUGUGGAGCGGUGGGACAAGAAGAGGAAGGAGGUCAUUACAGUGGCGCGUCCAAACAUCAUUCAACUCUACAAUGAAAGCAUGGGUGGGGUGGAUCUCAUGGAUUCUCUCAUUGCUCUUUACCGCACCAAAAUCCGCUCAAAGAAGUGGUACCACCGCAUUGUGUUCCAUAUGUUGGACUUGACCACGGUGGAAAGCUGGCUGCUCUACCGCAGAGACUGUAAGGAUGUGGGGCUCACACAAAAUGCACAACUGCGUCUGCUUGACUUUAAAAUUGACAUUGCUCAAUGA